CUGCAAAAAUUGUUUCAAAAGUAAAUCUUAGCUCUCGUCGCUCGCGCUUCACGGUUUGAUAGUAGCCUUCUGUUCUGUCUGGCUUCCACAUUCCAGCGAAUGUUCGUUCGCUCCUUUUGACCUAUUAUUAUCUGCAGUUUUCCUGGGUGGUCAAGCGGAGCCAGCACUCGCCUGCUUUCUUUACAAGCUAGAGCCAUCUACUCGCAUCAUACUUUUACUGCGGCCGCAUUCCGAUUGCGAUUCCCGCGAACCGAAACGACCAAGCCGCGUUCUGCGUGGGAUCGUCGAGCGAGACCAGCGGGCCACCAGUGCAACUACUAAGCAGACCACUCGGAUUCUUGCGCCGACUGCCAGUGAUAGUGCGACCGUCGGCCCUGGAUAAGAAGUCUUCGAACCUACGGCGCUACCUUGUAAGAGUAGGCAUUUCGUCUUCGUCACCAAGGCCAGCGAGCACCGCAAGUCGCUGCAAAACCAGUGAGGGCAUGCCCGCCGCCGCCUCCGCAACGGCGCGCGCGUCUCCCGGGCGGACGAGCUUUCUGGGAAGAAAAUGGUGCAUGAUCUGCCUCGGGCCUGUUCCCAUCGCUGUUGGGGCGUACAAGUUACAUAUGCAAGUUGGUGAGACGAAGAAGCAACAGGCGAGGAAAACCACGGUUCUGAUGAAGCACAACAAGAGAGCGAGCGGAGCUGCCGAAGGAGCUUCAGAGGGUGAAAGCGACAGCGGAUGUUGCCCUUCCGAGACGGAAACUGACGCGGUCCAGGGCGAUGCCACCACCAGUAGUACGCGAAUGGAAAAAGCAAACAUACUUUUCAUGAUCUUGCAAUUUCAAUUUUUGCAUGGCGCAGUCGUUCUGCAUUAUAAGGAGAGAUGCCCGAGGCCGAGGGCGGAAGUACAGCUGCACACACAUCAAGAGCUUUCGAUGCUUUUGCCACUUCCGGCUGAGAAAAGAGCGGCAUUUUGAAGAACGAAUUUGUGAUCGUGAUGGUCUUUGAUUUUCCCAUUGAUAGCUACCACCACAACCACCACGACCGCUGUUCCGGCGAACGAGUCCUGUAUCAGAGCGAAGACCGUGCACGCGUUCUUCUGAAGAAUUUGUUUUCCGUGCGCGCGGAAAACAAAUCGAAGCCGGCGAAUCGUGAAGCUAAAACUUCGUGUACCGCCGCACAUUGAAAUUGUUGAAACUGGAAUUUUUCCUACGGGAUGAAGCGCAUCACUUUACGCGUCUGAUAUGCAGAAUAGUGAUAUCUGCAUUUACAAAUUUAGGAACAGACCGUGUCAUCUCCCCUAGUACUGCUGCAUGAUGAUGACCAUCGUUACGAUCGCCUUGGUUACUGUUCGGAAUUUUAUUUGUAUGUGUUUCUUUUUCAUAAAUUUAAAUGAUAAUGAUGUUGCCGCGAGCACCAACGACAGCUGCUAAGAUUGAUACAUGAAGUGGACGCAAUCAGGCUUUUUUCAGAGCAACGCACGUGCACCGAUUUUCAGCUGGACACCCUGUGCAGACGGAUUCAAGCGCGGAGCAAUUUGCAGCAAUGUAAACUCUACACUCCGUGUGACACUCGAUGAGAUCUACACAUGUUGGACACCGUAUACCUCCUGGAGCAGGGGCUUUGACACCCACAAGCAGUACGAAAACGGGUCGUGUGAGCGGAAAAACGCUGGGACGGAUCCCCCGACAUACGACUCGCUCGGAACUGGGUACUGUGUGUGCAAGCAAGGUACCACUGGCGGGGGACCCUGCGCCAACUUCUUGAAGCUGGCCAACAUUACAGACAGUGAUUGUGAAGCGAGGUGCUCUGCUUCCGCAGACUGUCUAGCGUACGUCACAAAAGUGGAUAAGCCGUCGCUUAGAAAUGGGGACGAGACGUGCACCCACUUUACCGUCAUCCCGCCUCUUUGCGCACUCGACAUGGUUCUGUGUGGUCGUCAUCUCCCGGAAGACCAGUGCGCCAAAGAGCAAACCAAAUUUUGUGAAAGCACAGCGUGCGACGAGAGCAACGAUGCCGACGUCGACACGUGUUGUACCCUACAAGCGGAAGCAGCGAAAUAG